AUGAUAUGUGAUCCGCAAAAGACAAAAAAGUUUAUUCAAAAAUUAUCAAAAAUGCAGAGUAUAGAUGAGCUAUUAAGAAUAGAAAAAAGUGCGAAUGUUGCUCAUGUUAUUCAAUAUAAAUUACUCAUCUAUGAAAAAUGCAAAAAUCGAGAGUUGAUCAACGAGCCACGUUCAUCGAUGACAAAUAAACGAUUGUAUACAUCUUUUGAUUUUGAUCUUCCAAUUCCUGGUUUUCCAAAACAAUUAUUACCACUGGCUAUUAUAACAUUCCAACGUUCACUGGAUGUUAGUCUAUACGAUUUUUUAAAUAACUUUUUCGAUGAUAAUGAACAACAUUGUCAAUUGGAUCAAUCGUUUCUUAUACCAUCAUUUGUUGGCGAAGAAAAUGUAAGGGAAGAAAACCAAGAAAAUCAACAAUUAGAACAGGACAAUGAUGUAUUUAUUGAGAAACCUCCAGAAAAAAUUAUACCACGAAAGAUUAAAACAAUUAUAUUAAGAGAACAAGAACAAGAAGAUACGCUAGAAACGCAUCAUUCUAGCUUAGUCAAAGAAAGUGAAGCAACACUGGUAGAAGAUAUAUUGAAAUUACCAUCAACAUCUCAACCUCAAUUAGAACAACAAGAAAAAGAAGAUGAAAGUCUUCCAUUACAAUAUAGAAAUUGUUAUAUCUCAAUACCACGAAUUGAUUUAUCGUUGUUUGAUAUCAGCAAUACACCUCGUUCAUCGACAACAAAUCAAAAAUCAAAACAAAAGCUAAUAUUAUCAUCUUCUUCAACUACCAAUAAGAAGCAACCCAUAAUAACAAUAACAACAAAUCAACCAUUGAAAAAACUUUUCAAGCCGAUUUCUGUUGAAAAUAAACUCGACAAAAAAUUAACUUCAAUUAAAAAAUUACCACUUGAUAUGUCAAAAAAAUCGUCAACCAUGACAGUGAAAACAUCAACAACAAUUCCAAUGGAGAACAUAAAAAUUUCCCAUAAUCAGAAUAAACCGAUGUCCAAAUCUAGUAUGGAAAAAAAAUUAUUAAAACGUUUGUCGACAACAACACCAACGAUAACCGAGAAAAAACCGUUAAAAUUAAUAAUAACAUCAUUAUUAAAUGGUAAUCCAACAGUAAAAUCAUCCAGCGACACAAACACGCCUCAAACAAAAGCAAGUCCUGUAAAACCACCGAUGAUAGCUUCUUCACCCGUUUUAUUAACUCAAGCUUCAUCAACUGUUUCCUUAAUCCAGAAGCCAUCACCUCCUCCUAACAUUAAAUAUAGAUGGGAAGAGUGCUACAUUGAUUUACCGCGUCUUGAUUUAUCUCAAUACGAUAUCGAUCUGCCGUCACCAAUUAGAUCCAUUUCACCUAUACAGUCAGCAAACAAUAAUUCAGAAAUGAACAGAAAGAUACAGAAAAAGGCACAUUGUCUACCGCAGAUAUUGAAAAAGGCUGUAAAUGCGCAAAUUACGGAAUCAUCCUUCGUAGAAUCACCGAAUGAACAAGUUCUCUUAUCCCCACAACAUCAACAGCAAGAACUAUCAACAUCAGAUAUAAAGAAGUAUGUUGAAGAACUAAGCAUAUUAACAAAUGAUGAAAACGUAGAACCAAUGGAUUUUGAGGAUGAAAAGCAAAUAUUUUUCAAUGCUGAUGAAAAUUUUUGGAAUUUUGCAAUACAGCCAUCCGAAAUGCAUACACCAGAAUCAACAACAACGACGACUAUUGAUUUACAUCAACAAGAAGACAAGCAAAUCGAUAGUUUUCUUUCAUUGAAUGUAGUACUGGAGCAGGAUGAUGAUAAAAAUAAUUUAGUUGAAGGAGUAUCUAGUACACGGACGAGUUUGUGUUUAAGUCAAACUCCUUUUUCAUUACCAAAUAUUAGUUCAUUUCUAUCACCAACGAACGCAGUCACCACUAGUCGUCCAGAUUCACCUACUACUGCUGCUGCUGAUUUGGAGACAUCAUCGUCAUUAUUAUUGCUAAACGAUAUAACACAGUCUUCGUCAUUCUUUUCAAAUGAAAAUAUGCAAUUUCACGAAAACAAGGACAUUGAUCAAAUGACUGAUAUUAAACCUAUACUCGAUUAUGAACUACCAAAAGUAUUAAAUGUUUCAUAUUGUGAUUAUCCGGCUAAUCGUCAACUAUUACCAUUAUUUUCAAAUAUUAACUCACCAUCGUAUUCACCAUUAUCAAUUCCAUUAAUUUCAAAUUCAGUAUUGCUAGCUGAUCCACGUAUAGUUCCGUAUGUUGUUAGAAAAAUGUAUACACUACCUAUAAAAAAUAAAUGUCUUCUGUGUCCACCAUCGUUCAAAACAACUAAUAUUGAUUUAUCAUCACUAAUUAAAAAAGAAAUUCCCAUGGAAUUGAUCAGUUCUGAAAUUGUCGUUUGUGAUCCUAGACAAAAUGCGUUAGAAAUGAAAAUUUUAAAUUUAUUGUACGAUCUUGUAAAACACUCGAUACCGUCCGAUAUUUGCCUCAAGUUCAAAGAUUUAUUAUAUCAUCAAACAAUAUUUAAAACAAAUUGUGUUCAUCAUCGUCAAUUAUUAGUUCAAAAAUUAGAACAAGUUAAAACGAUUGAUAAGUUAAACGAAUUAGAACUCGAUAAAGAACUUGAAUUUCCAAAUACAAUUAAAUUGUUAUUCCAUUAA